UCACGUACCGUUGAAUCUCAUCAGGUUGUUUCUGGAUUUACGUCUCAAGAAGUUCGAGUAGUGAAAACCUAUACGUCAUAAAUGGAAUAAUACGAACUGCUUCAAACAUAAAGGUCGAUUUUUACAACCAUUUCUUCUAUUGACAAAAAUGAGCCGUAAGAGGAAUUUCGACAACGGCCCAGGUCCAAUUCCUCAACGAUGGCUGCACUGCCCUCGAAAGGCUUUUUCUACAGUGGGAGAAAAAUUUCUAGCGUUCAAAACUCCGCUAGAUGCGAGAUAUGAUAAUCAAGUGGAUGAUGAAUUUACGUUUCAUCCGGAAAUGGUGUUUGCUUCAGCCAAAAACAUGAAAUUGAAGCUUGGACUGUGGAUUGAUCUAACCAAUACCAGCCGUUUCUACGACAAAAAUGUAGUAGAACAAAUGUCAUGUAAAUAUGUUAAACUCAACUGCAAAGGACACGGUGAAACCCCCAGCCCAGACACAGUGAAUCUAUUCAUCAAGCUAUGCACACAGUUCAUUUCACAGAACCCUACACAAACAAUUGGCAUUCAUUGCACCCAUGGUUUUAACCGAACAGGCUUUCUUAUUGUUUCAUAUUUGGUGCAGGCCAUGGACUGGUCAGUAGAAGCUGCCGUCAAUGAAUUUGCCAAAGCCAGACCUCCUGGAAUCUACAAAGAAGACUACAUCAAUGAGCUCUUCCAACUCUACGGGGACAUAGAUGAUGCCCCACCAGCCCCAGCCUUGCCAAUGUGGCACUGUGAGGCUGAUGAUGAUACCCCCAGCAAGGAGGAGCCAGAAGCUACUGAAGACAACGAGGAUGAUGACCAAGCAGGCGGCAGUACGGGUGACAAAAAGAAGAAACCACGACGAGAAACAGCACAGAUAAAAGCCGUAUUCAUGGAAGGUAUCCCCAAUGUCCAGCCAGUAACCGAUAUGGAGAUUACAACUGAAGUGCAAAAGCGGAUAAAAAGCCUAACGGGGUUCAAACAGUCUGGAUUUCCAGGUUGUCAACCUGUUUCUAUGGACAGGAGAAAUAUUUCAUUGCUUCAAAAACCCUAUAUGGUGUCAUGGAAAGCAGACGGUACCAGAUAUAUGAUGUACAUCAUGGGACCUCGACAAGUUUUCUUUAUCGAUCGAGACAAUGCAGUGUUUCAAAUCGAGGGUCUUUCUUUCGUUUCUUCGCACGAUCGCACUCGACAUUUACUUGACACAUUAGUAGAUGGCGAGAUGGUCAUCGAUAGAGCCGGUGGAAAACAGCAUCCACGUUACUUGAUAUACGAUCUCGUCUCGCUAGAAGGAAACCAAAUCAUGCGCGAAAAUUUUUCAGUUCGCUAUCGCACUAUUAUGAAAGAAAUUAUUGAACCUCGGGUAGAAGCUAUGAAAGAAGGAAGGAUUAUUCGCGAACGCGAGCCGAUCGGCAUCCGCCGUAAAGAUUUUUGGGAUGUGCAAACUACCUCCGCUCUGUUAGGAGAGAAAUUUACGAAGAAACUCGGUCACGAACCUGACGGUCUCGUAUUCCAGCCUAUUGAGGAGCCCUAUCAAGCAGGCCAAUGUCCGACCGUCCUAAAGUGGAAGCCUCCAUCUCACAAUUCGGUCGACUUUCGGCUAAAAAUUGUCACAGAAAACCGUCCCGGAAUGUUGCGAGAGCGUCUUGGUCAUUUGUAUGUUGGUGGCAAGAAUGACACACCUUUUGCAUUCAUGAAAGCUACCAAGGAAAUGAUCCCUCUAGAAAAUAAAAUCAUUGAAUGCAGAUAUGAGAUAGGCAAUGGCCGACAAGAAGGAAAAUGGGUCUUUAUGAGGCAACGAACGGACAAAAGUUUCCCCAAUAGUUUUAAUACAGCCACAGCGGUUUGUCAAAGUAUUCGUGAACCGGUAACCAACGAGAUAUUAGUGGACUUUAUUCAAAGCCUGAAAGAACCGAUACGGCAGCCCAUGGCUCCUCCUCCUCGUCCCCCUCCCCAGCGAAGACCACAUUAGCAGAUAUUUCGUGGUCUCUCUUCUUCCUCAUGGUCCUCCUAUACCACUUUUCUCUUUGACGUCGCUCAGUUUCCCGCCAACUGUUUUAUAAAUCCUAGGAGGUGUUUCAAAGUGCGACUUUGAAAGCAGUUAGGGAAUGAAGGAUAAUAAUAAAUGGUUAAUUUAACCCUGGAAGACUA